AUGGAGCAGCGGUAUCGCUGCAAGCAAUGCAACGCGACCUUCGCCAGCGGGAGGGUCUUGGGGGGACACGCGAGGGGUCAUGAUGUCGCCCGGAGGAAGUUGCAGAAGAGAGCUCUCAGCGCCGCCGCUAACGAACCUGAAACGUCCGAUCCCAGUGGCAGUCGUGGGUAUGGUCCGAGAGAGAACCCGAAGAAGUCUUGGAAAACCUCUCACUCGAGAAUGCGCAGCCAAGAGCACGGCCCUACCGGAGCCCCGCUCGAUCACGUGACUGUCCUUCUGGGUCCCUACCCGUGCCGAGAAUGCGGGCAAGUAUUCGAGUCGCUGAAGUCUCUCUCGAAUCACCGGAGGGUCCAUGUCCAUGCCCAUGUCCGACAGGAGAUGUUUAAGUUUAACCGUGGCAGGAGAAGCGAUCUUGAGGAAACCUUAGCCAAUGUCGCGCCUAUUUGCCCUGUUCGGCGAAAGAGGUCGCUCAGAGUAUUCUGCGCUCCUCCCCAAACCGGAGAAUCGAAUCGGAACGAGCAGCCUCCGGUCCCAUCCCCCGUUUCUGAAACAGAGCAAGAUGAUGUACACGAAUCGGCCCUCGGCCUUUUGCUGCUCUCCCGGGGGCUGAGGGACCCGGAUGAUAAAUUCACGGAGAAAAUCGAAAUCCUGCCUGUCAUUCAAUCGGGAGUAUCAAAAAAGGUUGAUCAGACAACGAAAGAUGAUGCCUUGGGGGUGAAGGAAAUAUCCGACUCCAACUAUAGUAAAGAAGUACGGUCAGGAGACCCGAACGAGGAGGGAAAGCUGGUCGAAUUGAAUCUUCAGGUGAACAUGGUUUAUCUGGAAACGGAGUGUGAGAAUGCCGAAGGCCUGAUUGUGUUCGGAGACGGUGAGACCGUGAUGAGAGCUCGUGGGGAUGCAGUGAAACUGGGUUGUGAGAGCGAGGAACUCGAAGGAUGCUAUGGUGGUUUGACGAAGAAACCGAAGCUUGAGCACGACUGGAAGGGAAACAAGAUCAAGAUCAAUAAAGGUAGCCCCGAUCGCAGGAUUCUGAGCCCAACUAAAGAAGGCCAAGAGAAAGUCCAGGCAGAGUCGUUGCUGACCAAAGAAAACGAGCCCCAAUCUGAGAGAGAUUCCGUGAAUAUGGAUGAUAAAACUUACAGAUGCCCGACAUGCUAUAAAGUCUAUGGGUCGUGCCACGCUCUACGGGGUCACAAGAGAGUCCAUUCCGUGAAGGCCUCGACAGGAACCAAGGCCGGAAGGAUCACAAAAGUACUCAACCAGUUUUGGCUCUCUGAUAUUCCGGACCUGCUCGAUCUCAACGCCCAAGCUAUGUGCACAUGA